CUGUUGGGUGUGAAUAUCCACCCAAUGCUAAGCGGGAGAAUCCCUGGAUAGUCGAGAACUUAUGACUGGAGUCUCUCCCAGGAAAGAAACCCUAAAAACCUCAACCAGAUUUCUUAGAAACUAUUUGUGUGGUUUUGUUGUGUAAGUGUAAAUAUGGAGGAAGAGGUAUACGAUCCGAUAGAGGAAGAACCACAUACAAUAAGGCAUGGUGUAUUGGUGUCUUUAGAUGACCUAACCCCGUCUUCCCCGCACUUUACAGAUGGUUCUUCAAUUCGAGUAACCGGAAAGCUAAAAGAGUAUCAUUUAGAGACCUCAACAGCUUUAAUUAUUGAUGGAGGUUACCAACUAAAGAUCAACACAGAACAAAUGAAUGAGCUCAAUAUCCAAGUAGGCUUCACCUACCAAUUCAUUGGUGAACUCGUAUUUCGACCUAACAGUAGUGAGCCUGUUCUGCAGGCGCGAGUAGGGAGAAAUGUGGACGGCAUCGACCUUAAUCUCUACAAAAAGUCUCUGAAACUCUUGAAACGAUUCCAAGCUGACAACAUGAGAGAGGAAACAACAACAUAAUAUAGUAUUUACUGGUCUUGGUAACCAACUGCGGUGGUAUAAACGAGGUCUAUAUAUCAAGGUAAACAAAACCCACUGUUAUUUUUCUUGCAUUAGCAAGGCAAAUGAUAACAAUAUAACUUAUGCUUGCUCAAGUAACAAGUGUUUCUCUAGGUUGAAUGUUCUAACAAAAAACCCAUGUUCAUGACUUGUAACAUACAUUAUAAUACACACAUUUUUUUCUUUUUGAUCUCCAAUUUAAAUGCUCAUUUUCUUUUCUGUCUAUUUCUUGACUAGAUGGCAUUUAGCACU